AUGAGCAAAAUUUUCUUAUCACUUAAUAACGACAACGUAUUUUCUGACAUUAUUCCAAACGAAACAUAUUGGAAUAAUGACAUUAGCAAUUUUCAACCAAAAAGGUUGGACAUGAUAUACUUAGAAUGGGCGAUACUACUUAUAGGAUGGUAUAUUAUCCUGUCCGCAGUCCCGAACUUGUGGAUAGACUAUGAUUUAUGGAGAGAAUUUGUCGAGCGCGACACCAACAUCUCUCAACCUCCGAAAGUGAUUAAAAAAAGACAACGAAAGGCUGAAGAUACAACAUCGUUGCUACAUCAACCAAAAAUUUUCCAAACAAACCUUUUUGAUUCAGGCUCACACCAAAGCACGGUAAUAGAGAUGCGAAAGUCGCCCAAAAAAAUUUCUACAGAUGUUGAAAGAAAAAUUUUAUCUGUCGAAUAA